GUGAGCUGUGAGCGAAUCAGGGAGGAAUUGUCCCCAAGUCCAAGUGAAGAGAAGAGGUGUGAGAGAAGAGAAGAGAAGCGGCGCGGGGGAGCUCUGCUCUGCUCACUACUAGUGUUUCUCUACUCGCCGACGGGGCGCCGGGCGCCGCCACCCCACCCCCCCGAGCUCGCCGUCAGCCGCAACCGCCGGGGCUGGGGCUCCCUCCUCCACUCUAAGCUUGCUGCAAGGGAAGGGUUCCGCCGGCCGGCUGCAUCCAUCCCAUCCCCUCCCGGCCAAUUGGGGAACUGGAAUCCCGAUUUCAUCCAGCUAAAUUACCUGCCACCGCAGAUGGCCGCCGCCCACAAGCUAGGGUUCAGGGAGGAGGACGCCCUCAGGUUCCUCUUCGGCGAGGAUCUCCUCGCCAUGCACCACUCCGCCGCAGCCUCCUCCUUCGACAGGUCGCAACCCGAGGUCCAGGUCUUCAGGGACGUCUUCUCUCCGUCUCCACCUCUUCUUCAUGUGGCCGAGACUUCAUCCCUGCUCCCCACUGCUGCUGCUGCUGCGCCUGCGCCUCCGCCUCCGCCUGCGCCUGCGCCUUCACUCCACCACCACCUGCACGCGCUGCAGCCUCAACCCGCGCCCGUGGAGGUCGACGCCGCCGCCAUCGAUCCCAAACAUUCUCACGGCCCCGUGCUACAUGGGAAUGGGAAUGGGAAUGGGAAUGGAGGCCUCGAGUUGGACGCCGCAUUGCAGGGCUUCGUUGCUUACUGGCAAGGCGGAGGCAGCUCUCUAAGUGUAACCGACGCUGACCUCUUCCAUGACAUGAUGCAACCAACGCCGCCGCAACACUCCGCUGGACCUCCUCCUCCUCCCCCUCCUGCUGCUGCUGGAAUGUGCACCGCCUUGGCUGCCAGCAGCAGCAACAGUGGAGUCGAAGAUCCUUUGCCUUCCUAUAUGGAGGCACUAGCAGACUUCUCUGAUUUCCACAAUGACGCUCUUCUUUCCGAUCCCUUCUUGAAUCAGUGGCUCCAAGAUAACAACCACUUCCCCACUGAUAUGUCCUUCACCUAUGAUCAACCCCAAAUGCUUGACACCACUAGCCAUACUCUAUAUUCAGCUACUACACCAGAUCUGUCUGUCACAGGACCAGACCACUUCUCACUCUACAGCAACACAGUCUAUGAUACUACGCUUCUGCCUCACCUGUCCCGCGACUCUACUGCUUCUGCUCACUUUGUCCAACUUGACAACCUCUGUCAGAAUUUUGGUACGCCAGGCGCAAGUAUUGGUUCGCUUGAUGAUGCUGCUGAUGUCGCUGCUGACAACACUCAACACUACGGCACUACUGCUGUUGCUUCCAAGAGGAAUUUAAGCAGGGAACUCCCUGAUCAGCUGGAGGUACAUGCUCAGCACCUUUUCAUGGAUGCCGGCUGGACCAUCAAGCCACGGAAAAGGAAUGACAGGGCUAAGAUGGCAUCCUAUUUCACUGCACCACACAGGGAGGUUGUUCAUACCUCUCUAACUCAGGCUUGGAAGUUCUGUGGCAAGAAAUUGUAUGAAGCUACCCCGUGUUCACAACGCGGAAAGUGUCCUAAGGAGUGGUCAGAUGUCGAUACAUUUUGGAAGGACCUCACAGAUACAAUGGCUUAUGUCGAUAAGAUGCUCGUGAACCGCCAAGAUGCACCCACUCUUCUUCAUCGGUGGGAGCUUUUGGAUCCUUUCAUAGCUGUUGUGUUCAUUGGUAGGAAAAUUACUGCUCUGCAACAACAUAAAACUCUUAGAGCUGUUGAUAGUUCGACCUAUGUUCUCAAUGACAGCAGGAAUGUCCCCUCAGAAAGUAAGAGCAUGCUGAAAUCCAGUGAUUUGUUGCCCACUCGCAUGAUUCAACCUACUCCAGUGAUCACGGACUCUGAUUGUAGCACACUAGCAACUGAGAGUGGCAACGGGAAUCAUGCUUUACAGAGCUGCCAUGACUUGGAGGAUGGCCACAACGGGGAUACUAACCUGAGUACUCUCUGCACACAGAGCCAGCUGUAUUGCGCGGCAGGUGACACAAGUCAAAGAACAGAAAAUCCCAUUUCUGAAAGUAAUGGACAAAGGGAACUUUGGUCUGGAGCAACACUUAUUAAUAGCGCAGUGAAAAAGACUAAGAAGAAAUCCAAAAGGAUAUCAGAUAUUGAUUCAACUGGACUAGAUGGACUGCAUUCUGAAAGUUUUAUGCAGCCUGCUGUGGAAAUUGUGUUAAACCAAGAAACCGAACUAGCAAGUGUGGAAUUGUCUUUUGCAGAAAACAAUAUGCGCUCUGAGGAACAUGGUAUCUGUUCAUCUGUUGGCACAUCGAAAAGGCACUUGAAAGCUGAAUCCAAAUUAGCAAAGCUAAAUGCAAACAACCAAAGCAACAAGCUCGACGUGCUCUUGCCUUCAGAAGUCAUGCAAACCAGCAUAUUACAGGGCGAGGAGACUGUUGAGCAACCUGCAGGAUUCAACAUACUCCCAGAAAAUGGUUCUACUCCAACGGAAUCAGGUUCCAGCAAGUUCAUCCCCAUAGGAAAUGAAGAGAAGAAGUUGCUGUCGCUGAAGGAAUCAUCCAUUGGAAUUUUCCCCAAGGAUGUACAUAAUCUUCCAACGGUCAACUCUGUUCCUGUUAACCUAUCCUACGAAUCUAAUGCUGCUGUCCUGAAAACUGAUUUAUCUCAGGAGUCACCGACGUGCAAGGCAGUUGCUGCUAAAAGAAAACCUCAAGCUUGGGAGAAGUAUGCCAAGAAAAGGCCCCGUGUGUUACGUAUCAAUGACGAUGAUCUUUUGAUCACAGCUAUGGUGAAAAAUAGGGAUCUUGGCUCCUGCCACAAAUUUGCUGCAGACUCCAUUUUUUUGGAUGCAAAGAAGUUUACAAAGUUUAAGAGCUCAAAGAAAUGUGGCAGGCUACUUGCUCGAAUGUCCGGAAAAGGAGGAUCAAAUCUGUUGGGUGGGAAGAGAGUAAGUUUGGCACGGAAAACAGUUCUCUGCUGGUUGAUUGCCACUGGCUUUCUGACCGUAAAAGAUGUUAUACAGUACCAGAAUCUGAAGAGCAACGAAGUUGUUAAGGAUGGGCAGGUUACCUGGGAAGGCAUUCUGUGCAAUUGUUGCACCAAGACCUUUUCUAUAUCAGACUUCAAGGUUCAUGGCGGUUGCAGUUUACCAAAGUCCUCAUUGGGCCUCUUUCUACAGUCUGGCAAAUCGUACACUCUAUGCCAGGUAGAAGCUUGGUCUGCUGAAUUUCUAAGUAGGAAAUGUGAUGCAUCUGGUAGAAAAGUUGAGGCGAUGGAUGAAAAUGAUGAUACGUGUGGUUUCUGUGGAGAUGGUGGUGAAUUACUUUGCUGCGACAAUUGCCCAUCAACAUAUCAUCAAACUUGUUUGUCUGACCAGGAACUUCCAGAAGGCAGUUGGUACUGCCAUAACUGCACAUGCCGGAGUUGUGGGAAUCCACUUAGUGAAAAGGAGGUUUCAACAUUCUCGGCUAUCUUGAAAUGUUUGCAGUGUGGAGAUUCAUACCAUGAUACUUGCAUUGACCAGGAGAUGCUCCCCUGUGGGGAUAAACAAUCCAACAUAUGGUUUUGUGGGAGAUACUGUAAAGAGAUAUUUAUUGGAUUACACAAUCACGUUGGAAUAGAGAAUUUUCUUGACAACGAGCUUUCAUGGAGCAUAUUGAAGUGCAACACUGAUGGGCAGAAGCUACAUUCUUCCAAGAAGAUUGCGCAUAUGACAGAAUGCAAUACAAAAUUAGCUGUGGCUCUUACUAUAUUGGAGGAAUGUUUUGUUCGCAUGGUGGAUCCUAGAACUGGUGUAGACAUGAUACCGCAUGUCUUGUACAAUAAGGGAUCAAACUUCGCUCGCUUAGAUUACCAGGGGUUCUAUACAGUAAUCCUGGAGAAAGGUGAUGAGAUUUUAUGUGUAGCAUCUAUCAGAGUACAUGGGACCAAAGCAGCUGAGCUUCCAUUUAUUGCUACUUCUGUGGAUUAUCGCCGCCAAGGAAUGUGCCGAAGACUUAUGGACACCAUUGAAAUGAUGCUUAGAUCAUUCCAUGUUGAGACAUUGGUCCUUUCUGCCAUCCCAGAGUUGGUUAAUACAUGGGUGUCAGGAUUUGGUUUCAAACCCAUUGAAGAUAAUGAGAAGAAACAACUUCGUAAUGUGAACUUGAUGUUAUUUCCUGGAACAUCCUUGCUAACUAAAAGAUUGGAUGGAAUUACAGCUGCCAAAUCAGAAGAGGACAAGGAUGCAUACAAUGUUUCUGGAUUACCUAAUGGUAAGUGUUUGCCUAGCAGGAAAGGAAACGGGCAUCUUGAACUCCAUGAUCUUGACUUGUUAGAGGCCGAGUUGAAUACUGAGGAUGCAACCAAUGCUUCUUUCAGAGCACUGAAACAUGAAUGUGGUCCUGCAACAUGGUUUAAUCAUGCCAAGCUAGCUGUUGGGGAAGUGUGAUUUUAUUUUAAAUCGAAUUUCUGGGCUGUCUCUGGCUGUUACUCUGUGUUGGGCAACUGUUCAGGCUACUCAUCCUUCCAGUUCCAGUCCAGUACUAUGCAAUGAAUUCUCCCGGAUGCAAUUUACCGGACCACAGCUCUUUUAUUGCAAAACAGAAAGACAUCUUCCAACUGCAGUUCAUGAUUCAAUUCCCUCAGAGGUGCAGGUUAAUGGAUCAAAUUGAGCUGGUCGAGCUAGAUUUUAUAUUGAAUACAGUGAAGCUAAGAAAUCUGAGGGACACAAGAUGGCAUCAUCAGAUACUCAAAUGUUCCCGCCUAUCACUGAAAUAUGAAAAAUGAGGGUAUCUUCCAACUGCAGUUCAUGAUUCAAUUACCUCUGAGCAGCUGGUUAAUGGAGCAGAUAGUCAUGCAAGAAAUAACAAGGGAUGGAUAGAUGGUCUCAUCUAUCCCUGCAAUAUGAAAAAUGAAUGUUUGAGAUGCAAUGCGAAACUGUAUUUUUUUGCUUUACUGAGUGAAGCACCUGAGUCGCGAUCACUUGGACAAAAGCAGAACAUGACUGACCCUUUUCUGAGUGAUGUUGAUAGGGAUUUACCUAAGCUGUAUGCAGUCACUGUUGAUGGGUCGUAUAAGCUGCAUGGUGGCCAGAAGGGUUACUUGCAGAAACAUGGUUAACAUUUAACCCUGCGGAAGAUAUGAAUGGUUGCACCUAGCAGCCAUUGAAGCUGUUUUGAGUGACCAUGGUGGACCAUAGUGGAUAUUGUAUGAGUGACUAUUUAAUGGGGAUCGCGUUGCAAAGUUUAAUGAAACUGAGCGGAGAAACUAAUGCAAUUUCGUCCUCGAAACAAGCACAGAUACCAAGCUAUCGAGACAAGUAUCACAAUGCUGGUGAUCAACAGAUCAUUUGUCAGAUGUUUCAUUUGAGUCUUCCUCUUCCUGGGUGCAGUUCCUGCCUGCCUGGUAAUUUUGAUCAGCUGCUGGGGCUGGCGCGUCGCAUUGCAGUGGAGAUUUUCCUUUGCUGGUCUGCAGCCAGAGAUUAGUUUUCUCACACCUGAUACAUCCCGGGCCAUCAAAUCUUGCAAGUUACUUACAGUAGUAGUACUACACUAGAGAAGUUUUUCCGAACCAAAGAAUACUACUAUUUAGAUUGUUACAAGGCAAGUAUUUUUUUGCCAAUUUAACAUGCAGCUGUUCAUGCGUUUCUUGCACAUUGGAAAUCAAAACGUUGAUUCGUAUUUGUACUUGGAUGGGCAACACGACAAAUGCUAAACUGCAGAAUGCAAUGUCUUUCAAUAACGUUGUAAAAGUAAAAUCAGGAAGUGAAACAAAAUACAGUGAUCCUUCACAGGAA